GGCUCGAUCCGCUGGUCCACGCCUUCUUGGCCCUGUUCGGCCCUGGGCGUGCGAUCCCAACAUCCAUCGCCCCAGUCACUCACGCAUCAUGGGGUUCCUGCCAAUCCUCGUCUAUGUUGGCUAUGUGGCCUUUUUCAUAUCCGUCGCGUUCAGCCUGGGCAGCGGGCUGUAUUAUCUCGCAGAAAUCGUGGAGGAAUAUUCGGUCCAGACCAAGAGGAUCAUUCGGGCGUCGAUCGGGGUGAUCAUCGGCUUCCAUGUGCUUCUCCUGGCCUUUGACCGGCUGUCGUGGUGGAAGCUGGUGUUCUCGAUCGGAUGCCAUGCCUGGUACAGCCUGAUGCUCCGAACGUUUCCUUCCAUCCCCAUCGUCGAUCCGGUCUUCAUCAUCAGCUGCGUCCUCGCCGUCGCCGAUCACUUCCUCUGGUUCUGGCACUUCUCAUCUCAAUACCACCCGUUUGCCGAGGUCGCCACCUUCUUCGGUCUGUGCGUAUGGCUGGUGCCGUUCAUGUUCUUUGUCUCGCUGACGGCAAACGAAUACACCCUGCCGAACUUUGAUUCCUCCAAUAUCUCGGCCAGCGGUCCGCAAAAGAAAAAGACCAAUAUCGUCAAGUCUCUCUUUGGCAACUUUGCCCAGGGAAGCAGCCAAGGGCUCGGCGAGAGCCGCAAGCUCUAUUGAUCCGACCGAUGACGCAGUCGGACAUGGGUCGUCAGCGGGGAGAGGGCUGGGUGGUUUGCUCGGCUCUGGUGAAUACAUUUUUCAUUCCAUCCA